CUUCCUUCCCUUCCCUUCCAGAAAGAGCGUGGUGAAGAUGGCGGCGCAAAACUCCAUGCCGAGUGAUCUUUACAGAAGCGUAUAUUCGUUUCUGCUGGAGAACAAGUUCACGAAGGCCGCUCAGCAGUUUCUGAAACAGACUAAAGUGACUCCACAAGAUCCAAAUGAAGAGAGCCUCGUCAACAUCUACAACUUCUGGGUGAAGUCUCCUGAAGCCAAGAAACGAAAGGCGCUUCCUAACAAGGCUGAAGCAAACGGUCCAGCGGCCAAGAAAGCAAAAACCAGUGCAGAGAGCUCCAGCAGCGACGAGUCGAGCAGCGAAGACGAAGAAGCUGUUGCCAAACCAACAAAGGCAGCCCCUGCAGCAGCUAAGGUUGUGCCAGCUCAAGCAGCAGCUAGCAAAGCUGCACCCAGCACCAGUGAAGACUCCAGUGACUCUGAGGAGGAGAAUGCACCUGCGAAGGCACCUGCGAAGGCACCUGCAAAGGCACCCGUGAAGUCGCCUGCUGCUCCGGCUGCAGGAAGGAAGAAAGACAGCAGCUCUAGCAGUGAAGAAUCUGAGGAUGAGCCGCCCGCUAAAGCUCCUACAACAAAACGGAAGGCUGGUGCAGUUGCAGCACCCAAACCAGCUGUUCCUGCUAAAGCUACAGCUCAGAAAAAGCAGGAGAGCAGCAGCAGUGAAGAGAGCUCCUCAGAAUCUGAAGAUGAGAAGCCAGCCAAGGCUCCAGCCAAACCUGCCCCAGUAAAGACUGCUCGAGCUGCUGCUGCGAAAUCGAGCAGCGAAGACUCUUCAUCUGAAGACGAGGCUCCGCCCAGCAAAAAACCCAAAGCAGGAGCGUACAGCGCAGUCCCACCUCCUGCUUCAGUCCAGAAAGCUCCAGCUGCUCCAGCAGCCAGUAAGGCCCAGGACAGUGAUUCUUCAGACAGCAGUGAUGAGGAAGAAGAGAAGAAAGUAGCUGCCAAACCUGCACCAGUAAAAACCACUGCUGCCAGACCUGAUGCUCCCAAACCCGCUGCCAAGAAGCAGGAGUCCAGCUCUGAGAGCUCAGAUUCAAGCUCAGAUGAAGAGGAGGCAAAGAAGCCUGCCCCAAAGGUGACUCCCGCUAAGGCUGCUCCAGCUAAACCAGUUCCAGCUAAAGUCCCACCUGCUCAAGAGGACACUUCGGAGGACUCCAGCUCGGAGGAGGAGACGGCAAAGAAGCCCGUUGCUAAACCUGCACCGGCCAAGACUACCCCCGCUAAAAAAGACGAGUCCUCAAGCUCAGAUAGCAGCUCUGAAGAUGAGGCCCCAGCAAAACCUGCCACUAAAACGGCAGCGAAACCGACACCCGCUGCUGCCUCUAAACCCCCGGCCAAGCCCGCUGAGAGCAGCUCUGAUUCUGAAGACUCUGAGGAUGAAGAAGAACCGGCAAAAGCCAAGCAAGCAGCUAAGCCAGCAGCUAGGCCGGCUACCCCAGCCUCAAAGCCUGCUACCCCCACAGCAAAGCCUGCAGCAGCAGAGAGCAGCUCAGACGCUGACUCCUCCUCAGAAGAUGAGGAACCAGCUGUCAAGGCUAAACCCGCAGCCGCGAAACCCGCAGCCGCUAAAGCCGCAGCCGCUAAACCUGCAGCCGCUAAACCUGCAGCAGCAGAAAGCAGCUCAGACUCUGACUCCUCUUCAGAAGAUGAAGAACCAGCUGUCAAGGCUAAACCCGCAGCCGCGAAACCCGCAGCCGCGAAACCCGCAGCCGCUAAACCUGCAGCAGCAGAAAGCAGCUCAGACUCUGACUCCUCUUCAGAAGAUGAAGAACCAGCUGUCAAGGCUAAACCUGCUGCCGCUAAACCUGCAUCAAAGCCUGCUACCCCUGUAGCAAAGCCUGCUGCUGAGAGCAGCUCAGACUCUGACUCCUCUGAGGAUGAGGAAGAACCUGUGAAAGCCAAGCCAGCAGCAGCUAAACCUGCGUCAAAGCCUGCUACCCCUGCUAAACCUGCAGCCGCUAAACCCGCAGCCGCUAAACCCACUUUGCCUGUAGCAAAGGCUGCUGCAGCAGAGAGCAGCUCAGACUCUGACUCCUCCUCAGAAGAUGAAGAACCAGCUGUCAAGGCAAAGCCUGCUACCCCUGCGGCAAAGCCUGCUGCUGCAGCAGAGAGCAGCUCAGACUCUGACUCCUCUGAGGAUGAGGAAAAACCAGUGAAAGCCAAGCCAGCAGCAGCUAAACCAGUUACCCCAGUUACAAAGCCUGCUGCAAAGCCUGCUGCAAAGCCUGCUGCAAAGCCUGCUGCAAAGCCUGAGGUGGCCGCAGACGACACCUCUGAUUCGGACAGCUCAGACUCUGAGAAUGAGGCAGCCAAACCUGCAGUCAAGAAACCGACUCCAGCAGCAGUGGCCCCUGCUGUCACACCGACGGUCACAAAGAAAGCUAAGGAGAGCAGCUCUGACUCCUCGGACAGCUCGGAUUCAGAGACCGAGACAAAGUCCACCCCUGCUAAGCCUGCAGUCACCAAUGGCAAGGCAGCGACACCCAAGACCCCAGCGACACCCAAGACCCCAGCACCCAAGACCCCAGCAAAGCCCGCGGACUCAUCAUCCAGCGACAGCAGCUCUGAGGAGGAGGAAGAGGCCAGUAAAAGUACUGUAAAACCUGCUACACCUGCCGCAACACCCAAGACAACCCCAGCAGCUAAACCUAAAGAGAGCAGCAGCAGUUCCUCAGACAGCUCAUCAGAUGAGGAGGAAGCGCCACUCAAAGCAGCCACGGCUCCCACCCCCCCCUCAAACGGUGCAAAUACAGAAAGUGAAGAAGAAGAAGAAGAGACAAAAGUGAAGACUCCAAAAAACAAGAAAGUAACGACCACACCACAGACGUUUCCUAAAGCUAAUAAGUCCGCCAACAUACCCUUCCGUAGAAUAAGAGAGGAAGAAGUAUCAGUGGAUCCCCGUCUUACAGACAACUCUUUUGAUGCGAAGUUUGGAGCCAACGGGGACUGGGGCCAGAAAGCCAACGAUGUGCUCAGGUUCACAAAAGGCAAGUCAUUCCGCCAUGAAAAGACGAAAAAGAAGAGGGGGAGCUACCGCGGCGGAGCCAUCUCCACCAAUGUCAACUCGAUUAAGUUUGACAGUGACUAAGGACCUUCCGACUCUCAUCCCUCCCACCUGAACUUAACUGUGUCCGUGUGAUCGGGACUUUACGUUCUCUGCUUCCUCCCCCGGUAUACGGUCCCUUUUAUCAUCACUACCCAGGAGCAGACUGACAGGAAUGUGACCCACAGGGCUGAGUCGGCACUCACAUGCAGUUAGCUGCCCUUAGUUCAUAAUGGAGAGCAUUAGUUUGAUCUCGGAUCUGAAGCCACAGCUAGUGGAGCGGGUGCAGCAGCAGAGAGAUGUUCCCCGCUGUGCUGUGACUUCAGACUCUACUGCUAAAGGUUGAGCUCCAUGUGACUUUAUUACCACGUAUAGCCACUAGGUGGCUGCAGGCCAUCUGUUAAUGGUAAACCACCAAUGUGUGUUGGGUCCCUUUUUUUUUAAUUUUUUUGUGCCUAUUUUGACUUCAUUCUCAAAUGAGGACUGUAUUUUCUUUUCUUGGUACCAAUUUCCUGAUGUAUCUAUAUAUGAAUGACAGCCAUCCCUCCCAACAGAUUCUUUAUAAUGUGUUAAGAAAAGCCUGGUAUUGAUUUUUAAUGCAUCACAUGGCUUCUUGAUUUUUGUUUGUCAGUUUUUAUUUGGCCACAUUUAAAAUGGGAAAGGGUGUGCGCUCGGGUUACUUCUCUAUUUACAUUACACACACGUUGAAGAGUAGAACUGAGUUUUAUACUGUGUAUUUAUUUAGUUGUAUUCCAUAUCCGUGUUUAGGACCUCGGCUGGUCCAAUCCAUGCCAUUCUCAAGCCAUUUUGUUUUGAAACUAUUUCUUCAUUUAGGAUACCUCUGUUAACCCUCCCGAAUCUCUUCAUCAGCGGUAUGAAAUUAAUGUUCAACCUUAGAGCCAUGUUUCUUUCACUCAUUUGAAUUUACUGUAUAAAGUGUUGUGAACCUUCUGUUUUGUUUUUUUAAUUAAUACUUGUCGCGAUUAUUAAAGACCUAAAAUAUUA